AGACCUGACUGCCUCAGCCCCUGCAGCACGGCCCUCAGCGCACUGCUGCCAAAAAGAACAAGGCACAGUGACAGGGCGGGUGUUGGGGCUGGAGGCGCAGCAGGGGGCAUGGGACGCAGGGCGGUGCAGGCUGGAGAGCUGGCUGAGCUGAGCGGGGAAGCUGUCACUGGGCGGUGCGGCAUCCUCAGAGGGGGAGAUUUGAAAGCUAAAGGAAAUCUCAGGAAUCAAGCUCAGCUCCCGUAACUUACAGAAAAGGAAACAAUAAAAGGAGGGGGGAGGGAGGCGUCCGCGCGAACCCGCCCCUGGGAGCGGCGGUCGCCCCUGCGCCGGCUCCCGGCGGCCUCCGCCGUGGGUUCUCCGGGUGAUGCAAACUCUCACUUCCCGCAUCCGCUCCCCACAGAGGCCCCGGAGCCGGCAGGAACCGGCGGCGCCACCGGGCCGCGCGCCAUGGGCAACAUCCAGAAGAAGCUGACCGGCAAAGGCGAGGGCGGCAGGCGGCCGGAGCGAGGCGCGCCGCGGCGGGCGCGGGCGCCAGGGGCCCGCACGGACAGGCGGGGCCGGGCGCGGGCCUCGGCGGCGGCGGGCAGUACCCUCGGACACCAGGGCUGCGGAGGCGGCGCCGGGGACCCCGCUGCCGCCUGCGCGCCGACCGAGCCCGGCGCCCUGCCGCUGGGCCCCGCCGGCCUGAAGAGCCGGGGCAACGAGCUCUUCAAAACCGGGCAGUUCUCGGAGGCGGCCCUCAAAUACUCGGCGGCGAUCACACAGCUGGAGCCUGCAGGAAGUGGAUGUACAGAUGAUCUGAGUAUCUUAUAUUCAAAUAGAGCAGCAUGUUACCUAAAAGAAGGAAACUGCAGUGGAUGCAUUCAAGAUUGUAACAGGGCUCCGGAACUUCAUCCAUUCUCAAUCAAACCUCUUCUUCGACGAGCAAUGGCCUCUGAAACUUUAGAGCAGUAUCAGAAAGCUUAUGUGGAUUAUAAAACAGUGUUGCAAAUAGACUGUGGAAUCCAGCUAGCAAAUGACAGUAUUAACAGGAUUUCAAGAAUUUUAAUGGAUCUGGAUGGACCAAGCUGGAGGGAGAAGCUGUUGCCCAUUCCUGCUGUGCCCUCUUCUGUGCAGCUGCGGGCUUGGCAGCCUACAGCAGAGACACCCCCAGACCAAGUGGGAGAUGCCUGCAGCCACCACCAAGAAGGCACCACAGAUGAAAAAAUGUUUAAAAUUCUUAAAGAAGAAGGAAAUCAAUGUGUAAAGGAUAAACACUAUAAAGAUGCCCUCAGUAAAUACAGUGAAUGCUUAAACAUUAACAACAAGCAAUGUGCCAUUUACACAAACAGAGCUCUCUGUUACUUGAAACUGUGCCAGUUUGAAGAGGCAAAGCAGGACUGUGAUCAGGCACUGCAGACAGAUUACAGGAAUGUGAAAGCUUGCUAUAGACGAGCUCUUGCUCAUAAAGGAUUCAAGAACUACCAGAAAAGUUUAAGCGAUCUCCAUAAAGUUCUUCUACUAGACUCAAGUAUUGUUGAGGCAAAGAUGGAACUGGAAGAAGUAACCAGAUUCCUUAACAUUAAGGAUAAUACAGCAUCACUCAAUAAAGACAAGGAGAGAAGGAAAAUCGAGAUUCAAGAGGUAAGUGCAGGCCAUGAAGAGGAGCCCUCAAGGACCUCAGAGGAGGUCGCCACAGCCAGCCUUGCUCCUGAAGAGGGAGACCCAAGCGAUGCACCACGGGAACACUAUGAAAAGCUACUGAUCACUAAGCCUAACAAUGCCUAUGAAUUUGGUCAGGUUAUAAAUGCUGUCAGUACUAGGAAAGAUAAAGAAGCCUGCGCACACCUUUUAGCCAUCACGGAACCAAAAGAUUUGCCAGUGUUGUUGAGUAACAAACUUGAAGGCGAUAUAUUCCUCCUCCUCAUUCAGUGUCUGAAAAACAAUCUUAUCGAUAAAGAUCCCUCAUUGGUGUAUCAGCAUCUUUUCUAUCUGAGCAAAGCAGAAAGGUUUAAGAUGAUGUUGACACUAAUUAGAAAGAGCCAAAAGGAACAAAUUGAACAGCUCUUUGAUGACCUCUUAGACACACCAAAUGAGCAUUUUACAGAUGUACAGUUGCUAAAGUUGCAAUAUGAGCUUUAAAACAAGAUUAUUGUUAGAUUUCUUCCAUGCUUCUAUGUGCUCCAGUAAUGCUAAUGAGAUGGGUAUUAUAAUAGAGUUGCAUGGAUAACCUGGCUUAGAAAAUAUCCUUUGGACUAUAAAAUAUUUUACUUAUUUUUAUACAUAGAACAUGUAUAUUCUACAAUCCACUUUUUUAUUAGUUAUAAAUAUUUUCUUAUGUACCAGAGCUAACAUCUUUAUAUUUAAUAAUUAUAUUUACAACUGUUAAAAUACAUUUUAAUUUAUAUUCUGCAUUUUCUUUUAGUAACAUUAGAAAUUUUAGCUAAAUUACAUUUCUUUGAACUGUGAAUGUGUCCUCAACUUUGAUAGAAAUAUAUUUCUUUAAAAUUCAUUUUUAAAAGUGAAAAUCAUUAACAGUAAUUUCUACACCACCUAUAUUUCAUGCUAAGACAUAUAUAUAUAUAAAUCUCAUUUUAUACCUGUACGGAUUACAGUCUGCUAAGAUGAAUUUCAACAUUUAAGUCUAUAAUAUGAAAUGAUUAUUAAAUAAAUUGUGAUUAUCAAUUUAGAGCUCUAAGAGGAACAUAUUUUUUCUAAUAUGAAAGCAUUGCUUAACAAUUAAGAAAAAUUGCUAAAAAUUUCUACUACUUCUUACUAGAUUUUAAAAAGCUACUUUCCCAUAUAUAAUGCUUAUAUAAGCAGUAACAAAAGAACCACUAUAUAGAAAAACUAACUAAGCCUGGGUUUCUGUUUGAAGUGUCACCCCCUACAUUUUCCCAAACAUUUCAAUGUCUUCUCCUACAAGCAUGACCAUAUUUAUUCCCUUAAUGUAAAAGGGAAAAGUGAAGAACUCUUAUUAUAUUGAAAGCUCCUUUUUGUUAACUGGGUCAAAAUACAAGAUCUUUCUUAAAAUAAA